UGACUUUCUCGUAGGCCCAGCGGCCCAUGUCCAUAUCUUGCCAUGCGAUGGUGGCUUUUACCAUUGGUUGCUGCUUGCCCCGAUUGUCCUGCGCAUGUGGAGCUGUUGCAGCGGUCGCUGACCUUAAGAAAGGCAUCGGCGCCGAGCUUGUCCUUCCUUGAGAAAUGCAGUGGCUGGGACUGUCUCAAAGAGUACGUCAGCACUGACGACGGGGCAUUCGAUUGGCAUGUCACAGCCAAGGUCAUUUCAGGUCCUGGAUGGAAGGGCAGCGUGUUGGAGAUGACCAGUCAAAGGUGGCUGCCCAACUUUGUGACACCUGAUACCUGGAAUCAUACCCUAGUGGUCAUUACGCCAAGCAAUGUCACACAAGAUCUUUGUUUGCUUUACGCAGCUUUGGGCUACUACGGCUCAGUGAAUGCGUCGUCAACCUCUGUGAGUAGCUCCGACGAGGAUGUCCGGGCAGCGGCCGACAUAGCUGUUGCUGCCAGGAGACACACCGCGGUGCUUUUCAACGUGCCUGCAGAAUAUUUGGCUUUGAAAAAGCCAGGACAGGUGCCUCCACAGCCUUUAGUCGAGGAUGGCAGCCUAUCAGCUUCAUGGGCCAGCUUCAAAGACAGCCAUGGUGCCCUGGCACCCAUCCUGUUGGAGCUGCCAAUGGCCAAGGCGGCCAUCAAGGCCAUGGAUGUCAUAGGCCAGUUCUUGAAGAUUCAGUCGUUCGUCCUUAUGGGAACCAGCAAGCGCGGCAACCUCUGCUGGAACACCGCCUCCGUGGACUCACGAGUGCGGGGCAUCGUUUCCAUCGCCAGGCCUUUGAAUCUGCGGGCUGUGCUGCAUCGCACGCAGAAGGAACUCGGCGGCUUUCCAGUGGCGGCGAAGCCAUAUUUUGAGAAGGGCCUGCUUGGAAACUAUUUGGACUCAGCCACUGGCCAGUCAUUCUUGAACAUCACGGAUCCAUAUUUCUAUUUUCCUCGGGUCUCUAGCAUCUCGAAGUUCGUGAUCAAUGCGGGCAACGACGACUUCUUUGUCCCCGACAAUACGAAAGAGUGGUGGCAAGCAGUGCCAGGACCAAAAUGGAUGCUCACAGUGCCGAAUAGUAAGCACAUCGUGGGUGGGGCGCAGGUGAGAGAGCUGGCACCCAUGAUCAGUGCCUUUCUACAAGCAGAUCUACAGCUGCCCACAGUCACCUGGUCGGUUGAGGAGGAUGGUGCAAUUGUGGCCAGGGCGGCCAGGGAUGGUGUGAAGCCACAGGUGCGGCUGUGGCAGGCCGACAGCUGCGAUUCUCAUCGCAUGGACUUCCGCUUUGUCAGCGCCAAAGCUGAGGUCUGCCCAUGUGGCCACGCCACCUCAGAAGGCUGCGAGAACCAAGGCGUUGAAUGGCGCAGCACCCACCUUUCUUCAGAUGGGGCUUGGCGUGUGCGGCCGAAUGUGACGGAAGGGCACUGGACCGCAUUCUUCCUGUCCUUUCAGUGGCCAGGGGGCGCAAAGCUCUCCACUGAAGUGUCUGUGGUGCCGACACAGCUCCCCUUUCAUUGCUAUGCUUCCUGUGAGGGAAUCGUGUGAUCUGACGCUCCAGCUU